CCGGCGUUCAUAAGCGUACAAUCCACGGGACUAGUGUUCAGGAUAGGAGAGUGGAGUCUGCGCUUGCGCAAUGUCCCGGCCCCUCUGUCCGCGGCGCUGAGCCAGCCGGGACGGACAUGCGCGGGACGGAGGCUGGCGGCCGUGCGGCGGCGGCGGCGGCGGCCGCGGCUCCGCUGAGGGAAUGAAAGCUGCCUCUUUACUGAAAAUCCCUGAGCUGCAGACGCUUGGAGGCAUCAGGAACUAGGCACGAUGUCAACAGCGGGAGUUGCUGCUCAGGAAAUCAGAGUCCCCUUAAAGACUGGAUUUCUGCGGAAUGGCCAAGCCAUGGGAAGUCUGAAGACCUGCUGGGGAAGCCGCAGGGGAUUCGAAAACAACUUUUUAAAUAUUGACCCAAUAACCAUGGCCUACAACCUGAAUUCCACCACCCAGCAGCACCUAACAACCUUUGGACACAUUUCAAAAUCUGUCCCAGUGAAUGGCCACUGCUUCACUGACAACUGUUUUGGGACUCCAUCUCCAAUGAAGUCCGGCUUGCCUCCUCUCAUUAUUUCCCCAAGUGAACACUUUGGAAAGAGUGAAGAGGAGCAUGUUGUUUGUGGGGUUAAGAAACUCUCUGUGAAUGGGGUUUGUGCUGCUUCCAAGAGUCCCCCCCUCACACCCGUAAAAAACGGGCCUUCCCUAUUUUCCUCGGUGACUUCUUGUGAGCGGGGUUCUAGGCCCCUACCCCCUCUACCCAUCUCUGAGGACUUUUCUCCGGAUGACACAGACUGUGAGGUGGAAUUUAUAACGAGUUCAGACACAGAAUUACUCUUAGAAGACGGUACACUUCCUGUCUUUAAAUAUGGGGUUCCAGGCAGACGCAGCUUCCGUGGGUGCGGGCAGAUCAAUUAUGCAUAUUUUGACGCCCCGGCUCCCGAAGAUGGGAGGCAGACAUUGGACCAAAAUGAAAAUGUCCAAACCUCACCUCUUCUUCAGCAGUCCCACCGGAAAUUACGAAGGUCCCAUUCAGGACCUGCUGGAUCCUUUAACAAGCCAGCCUCGAGGCUGACUAGCCACUUACAUGGAGCUUCUCCUAAUUCAGAUGAAGACAAACCAGAAGUCCCCCCCAGGGUGCCCAUCCCUCCCAGGCCAGUGAAACCAGAUUACAGAAGGUGGUCAGCAGAAGUUACAUCUAGCACGUACAGUGAUGAAGACAGGCCUCCCAAAGUGCCCCCGAGAGAACCUUUAUCACGCAGUAACUCCCGCACACCGAGUCCUAAAAGCCUCCCGUCUUACCUCAAUGGGGUCAUGCCCCCUACACAGAGCUUUGCCCCUGAUCCCAAGUACGUCAGCAGCAAAGCCUUACAAAGACAGAACAGUGAAGGGUCCGCUAGCAAGGGGCCUUGCAUUCUGCCCAUCAUUGAAAAUGGAAAGAAGGUGAGUUCAACGCAUUAUUACCUGCUCCCUGAGAGGCCCCCGUAUCUGGACAAAUACGAGAAAUUCUUUAGGGAAACAGAAGAAAGCAGUACAGCAGGUGCCCCUGUUCAGCUGCCAUCCGGUGACUGCAGGACAGCUGCAGUGACAGAAAAGCUGGACCCCAAAGCUAAAAUGGACCUUGAGGGACAGGGGAAACGCAAGCAUUUAUCCUACGUGGUUUCCCCCUGAACUCUGGGAAUAUCAUUCAGCAAUGGUUCAGAGCAAGGAGCCUCCUGAGCUCUCUGUGGCAUCCUUCGUUCUGUUGAGGGCUGCCAAAGGUCUCGUGGCAAAGUAAACAGCUCACGUCUCUCUGUCUUGAAGAGAAAGUGGUCAAUCAACUGUAAGGUGUUGUUAUCCCUCAGUUUUCUUUUGGAGAAAAGUCUUUCUAUUCAAGUCUAUAUAAUUUAAAGAUGUGAUGUUGGGGGGAGGGGAAACAUAUCUAUAUGUAUAUCUAUAUAUAUAUCUAUAUAUAUCUAUAUAGGAACUUGUGGUAUAACCGUAGUUGCAGGUUAACCAGUUAGUUACUAUCUUAGAGUAAUAUAUAUAUAUAUUCAGAGUAAUAAAAAAAAAUACAAGCUGGAGAAAUGAGAGUGUGCUGCCGGGCUGAAAACUGAGCAAAUGAAAGGACAGUAUUGUUUCUUUCAGAACCACAGAAGGUUCUGUUUUAGUGGGAUUGGGGGCUUUGACAUUUGAUUUCUCUUUUCUUUAUCCAGUGUGACUUUUCCACAGAAACCUGGGCCUAUGUGAGCAAGGAACAUGGACCGGUAUAUCCGAGCCCAUUUUUAGAGAACAUCACGAAGUCUGAUUGGCUUCUUUUAAAAGCCCAUUUGGGAAAUAUUACCCUACCUAUACAUGUUUCACACUCGGAAAAAUUAAAACAAAAUGAAUGAAUGAGUAAUGUCAUGUAGGAUUCUUCUCCCCCCCCCCCCCUUCUUGGUGCCUUCUAGGUUCUCUUUACCCACUAAAACAGCACAUUACAGGAAAAAAAAAUGCCAAUUUUCUCUCCCCAGGGCAGUGGGAUGCAUUGGCCUCUCCCCAUGGAAAGGCACCAGGGUAUUCACACUGUCACUUACUAGCCAAUAAUGAGACAGUGAUGAAGAUCCAGAAUCUCUUCUCAUUUUGGGGUGGGUGGGUUUUUUUUGUUUUUGUUUUUGUUUUUUUUUAAACUUCAGACUGUAUUAAUAACCGGAAAUACAACACAAGCUGGCCUUGUGUUGCUGGUUUCUAUUCAGUAUUUUCUGGAGGUGGUUUUGCUUUUUAAGUGAAACAACUUCCACUGACCAACAGCACAGCACGUCUUAAUGCAAGAGGCCGCACCGUCCUCUUUUCCACCCUUCACAGUCAAACCCUUAGCAAAAGAUCUGAUUCACUGCUUCCAAGUCUGCACCCAUGGCUUGUGUCCGCCUUUCUCUUGUGCUUUCAGGGUAUUGAUCCUCUCUGGAGAAGCACAGAAGGGAAGGUGCUCAUGAUAUUCUCCUAACAGGAAAAAGAAGCUGUUUACAGUUUAAACUGCUGAAUGAUAUUAUUUGAGCUAUUUAAAGCUUAUUAUAUUUUAGUACAGACUAAAUGAAGGUGAAAACAUGCGAUAGAAAAUGCACUGAUUUCUGCAUCAUGUGUACAGUAUUGGACAAAGGAUUUUAUUCAUUUUGUUGCAUUAUUUUGAAUAAUAUGUCUUUUCAUUUUAAUAAAGUUAUAAUAUUUAUGA